AUGCCGCGUGCUAUCUGGACAAAAAUUCUCUCGGAUGUCUCCAUCAAGAGAUCAUCCCAAACUCUCGCCAUUCUCGCCAGCAACGCAUACAUCUAUGGCGGGGAGCUGCGGCCAAGAGAACCAGUCGAUUCUGCUGUAUACCGUCUGUCUUUUGAUGCUUCAACAUCCAGCAACCGAAGUCUCAUACAGACUCCCCCGUCUGCCACUCACCCCCAACCCCGCGUAGGAUCCGCCUCGACCGCUCUCGCCGGGAAACUCUAUAUCUUCUCUGGUCGGGGCGGUAUCGCUAUGGCCCCGAUCGAGGAAUUUGGCUCCUUCUGGGUCUUUGAUCCGACCCAGAAUACCUGGUCGCAAUUGCCCCCUGCAAACUCAAACUCGCAACAUCCUGCGGGCCGAAGCUACCACACGCUCACCAAUAACGGCACAGACACUAUCUAUCUGCACGGUGGAUGUCCAUCGAGUGGCCGUCUACGCGAUCUUUGGGCCUUCAACAUCCAUUCCCGGCAAUGGCUAGAGCUGCCUCCGGCGCCCGGCCCUGAACGAGGCGGUGCGUCAAUCGCGUACGCUGAUCAGCGGAUCUACCGGAUGAACGGAUUUGACGGAACCAGAGAGCAAGGCGGAGCUGUGGAUGUGUAUGAUGUGCGGACGAAUGAGUGGACUAGUCUUACUUAUGCAGCGGAUGGCGUUUCCGGACCCAGUCCGCGAAGUGUCGGCUGCUUGCUCGUCACAACCAUCGCUGGAAGGCAGUCUCUGGUAACAAUGUUUGGCGAGCAUGAUCCAAGUAAUCUGGGACACCAGGGUGCCGGGAAGAUGCUAGCGGAUGUGUGGGCAUUUGAUCUCCAAUCUCAGCGGUGGGCACAGGUGGAUGUUGCGGAGCCUAACAGACCUCCGGCGCGUGGCUGGUUUGAUGCGGAUGUCAUCGGCCCUGAAGCACAUGCCAAUCCUGGGAGCAUAAUAGUCCACGGUGGACUUGCGGAGUCAAAUGAGCGGUUGGAUGAUGUGUGGCGACUGGAUUUUGUCUAG